AUGGAGAUUCAGAACCAAAUGACCAAACUUAUCGAAUCAGUAUCGACUGCGUAUGGUAUGUGUCGACUGCAUAUGAGCUGAGUAAGUUCAAGGUCGUCGAUGAGAUCGAGAAAGCUCGAUUGGACCCUCGUAUUUAAAAUACGCUGCCCCUCUUUCACCCAAAAUACACGUAUUAAAUUGCUAUAUAAUGCAUUCCCUCCUGUAGUUUUCAACGAACCAACUUGCCUACACACGCCUGGCAUCUCUUUUGGCAUAACUCAACAGCUUUUUUCCCGAGCAUCAACUCUUGUCUUAUUCAACUGAAUUGAGACUAUGGGUUUGUCUACAGGUAUUCCAAUCAUCUCGCUCCCAGGCUCUAGGAAUACCGAACCAGCACUCGUCAAUGUACCGCUGGCUAAAGAAACCCUCAAGCUCAGUAGCUGGGAUCCCGCCAUCUUUGUGACAGAUGUUUUGAGAACACAAUCCGGACUCAACCGCAAUUAUGAGCAGACAGAGAAGGGACUGACUGUUGCUUAUGGUAAGAUCAUGGCCAAGUAAGUAUCAAUGAAGCCAAAUUUCACUUCAAAAUAUCUCCACUUCAGCACAACAUAUAGAUUAAUGUAUAAACUGAUACGAGCAUAGUAUUCAAUCUUACUUCGAUGUCACCGGAUUCGAACCUAGCAUCGCACCAGAAAGGCAAUUGGAAGACAAGAAAAGGUUAUAUCAAUUCACCACCAAGGAAGGAUAUCCGCCUCAUUUAGCCCUCGUGCCCAAAGUAGAUGAAGUUACCAUCGAACAACUUUUCCAGGAAGGUCAGGAGGAUCCAACUCAAUUCGAAAUCGCUUUCAAUGUGAUUUUGAAGAACAAGCUUGGCUUUCUCGGUUCGAUUUUCGUAGGACUUCGUCCUCAUCCAGAAGAAGUUGACAGUUUUGUUGCCAGCAAGUCUUUUGCGGAGAUAAACCAGCAACAUGAGAGUAUCCGAAGCAAACCUGGAAAUUUAUCGAAACCUUCUGUUGGUGAUCUGGACAGUGGAAAUAAACCCUGGUACUCGGAUGCCACUUUUGCUCAGCAAAGCUUCACGGGAACGAGUCCAGCAUCAAUUACGCUGGCAAAAGACUGGAUUCCAAAAUUUAUCAACGAGGCCAGACGUCAGAAGCUGGACAGUAGUCUAAUCUCCUUGUUAGAGAAGACUGAUCCCUCGUCAUUGUACGUUCAGGACUACAGUUACUUUCGCAAAGCCUUUGGAAUAGCCGAUCCAAAAGCGAAAAUAUCGGACGAACAUGGGUUCAUCUUCAAAAAGACCAGUCGAUGGUGCUGUGCUGCUGUCGUUCUCUACAAACUGCAACCCGAUGGAAAACUGCAUCCUCAAGCCAUUGUUCUCGAUUACAAAGGGUCCAUGGAGGAUUCUAUCGUCGUCUUCAACAAACGUCUCACACCUGAGGACAAGGACCAUGAUGAGGAGCAGGAUUGGCCCUGGCGAUAUGCCAAAACCUGCGCGCAAGUUUCUGAUUGGGUCAAACAUGAACUUAAAGUUCACCUCAACGACUGUCAUCUAAUUGAAGAAUCCAUCAUUGUGGCCGCUCAGCGCACCAUAGCAAACAACCAUGUUCUCUACCAUAUUCUUUCACCGCAUUGGGAGAAAACGCUUUCUCUUAAUGCGGCUGCUAGAACGACUCUUGUCCCGAGUGUUAUAAUUCCCAUUAUCGGGGCCACAGACGAGCAGUGCAGGAGUUUUAUUCGCUACAGCUAUGAGAAUUUCAAUUUUGAGGAGAGCUACGUUCCUGCAGACCUCAAAAGCCGAGGUUUUGCUUGGGACAAGUUGGGAGAUUUGUGCUGCCGAUGUGACAAACACUGUGACAUCGACAAAGCACCGAACGCUCCUUGUAGCGUCGGUUGUGGACCUGAAUGCCACCAGACCUGCGAUCCUCAAUUCAAAAACUAUACCUACGCUCGAAACACGAAGCUGAUGUGGAUCACAAUCCGAGAUUUCGUCGAGGGUUACCUCGCCACAGCAGGUUUCACCCCGAGCAUAACAGGAGACGCAAAAGUAGCAAACGACCUCAACAUCCAAGCCUGGGUUCAAGAGGCCAAGCACCCGAAUGGGGCGAACAUCAAGACGUUCCCGUACAUCAAAACAGUCAACCAACUAAUCGACGCCGUCACAAUGUGUAUUCACAUCGCUUCUCCACAACACACAGCAGUAAACUACCUCCAACAAUACUACCUCUCAUUCGUCCCCAACAAGCCACCAGCCCUCUGCUCCGAGCUCCCCAGAAAUCUCAAAGCUCUGAACACUUACGAUGAAUCAGACCUCAUCGCAGCUCUCCCCGUUUCGCGAAAUCGAGACGCUGAGUGGCUCCUCGCAUCACAUCUUCCAGCUCUUCUUUCCCAAACAGUCACGAAGGAUCUAAAUUUUGUCGCUUACGCAGUAAAUGUUUACUCCGCUGCCCUGCUUGUGAAUGAUAAGAAGUUGAUGGCUGUUGCUGAAAGGUUUUGUAGGGACUUGUGGGUCUUGGGGAAUACGUUUACGAAGGGAGAUGACAGUAAUCCCUUGCCGAAGAUGGGAGUGUUUACCCAGUACAGUGAAGAGUUGGAUGAAGGAUUCCCUGGGUAUACGGUCAUGGAUCCUGUUGUUACCGCGGUCUCGGUUCUGAUUUAG